UCAUAGUAUUCAUGCACCCCACAUUCAAGACAGAUCAUUAGUGUUAUAGAUAUAUAGAUAAUAUGCCGAAAGUACGAGGAGAUAAGAAGACGCGCACGCACGGUGCGGUUGCGCAACAGGGCAUCACAUUCAACAAAGACUUCGGUCAACAUAUUCUGAAGAAUCCAUUGAUUGUACAGGGCAUUGUCGAUAAGAGUGGGCUGAG